ACAGUAGAUUUUAGUGCGAGUGGGAGAUGUUGAUGUUCAAAUGCUGGAGAGUUUUGGAGGCCACCGGUGAUUCUGUAUUCAGUGGGUGCGGAGUGUCGGCUGCAAGGCCACGGUGGUGAGGAAGUGAGAAUCAUAUAGCUAUGACAAUCACGAAGUUAAAGCAGUAGACAGAAGGCUCUUCAUCCUAGUGGAACCAACACUGAAUAAUUGGUGUGCACCCAACAACCGCCAUUGACAUUCGCUACUUCCACGAGUCAUUUUGAACGACAGAACGCAAAGCAGAUACUACUACAUAUGUUUGACGGCACGGCUCCCAACGUUGUUACCCCUGACGCCAUGCCUGAGGCACGGAGGUACAGCAUGCUGGAGCAGGCGAUAGCGAUGGCGGGAGCGCUGUCGGACGAGCCUGACUUCUCCACCUUCGAAAACAAGACGGGCCUGGCGGAGGAUAUGAAAUUCUUGGCCUCUAUGCCUGAAUUAUGUGACGUCACUUUUCUCGUAGGGGAUACGCGGGAGCCGGUGUGCGCCGUAAAGGCUGUACUAGCGGCCCGCAGCAGGGUGUUUCACAAGCUGCUCUAUAACUCCUACUCACCGCAGAAGAAGAAGGAACCCAUGAGCCGAGAGAAGAAGAUCAAACUCUUCCUGAAGCGGUCAUCUGAGCCUCUCAUGAACCUGCAAGGACAGCAGCAAGGGAGGCAGGGGCGCUCCGGAUACACUCACAAACUGGACACCAUCCCGGAGCCCCAAGGCAACGUGCACCAAACACUGAUUGUUGAAGAAUUUGAACCAGAUGUCUUCAGGCAAUUAAUUGAAUACAUCCACACUGGAUGUGUAACACUCCAGCCACGUACUUUAUUAGGCUUAAUGAAUGCAGCAGACUACUAUGGGCUGGAUGAGCUGAGGAAAGGUUGUUCAGGAUUUGUGCAAUGUUGUAUCAAUGUGGACACAGUGUGUGCUUUGCUAGCCUCUGCAGAGCGUUACAUCCAAUACAAGUGUACGAAGUCCAUGGUGCAGAAGGUGCUGGAAUUCGUUGAUGAACAUGGCAACGAAGUUCUCAAUCUGGGUUCAUUUACAUUACUGCCACAGCACGUAGUGAGACUCAUCAUGGCAAGGGAGGAAUUGCGUGCUGACGAGUUCACCAAGUUUCAGGCGGGUCUCAUGUGGUCAAAAAAACAUUGCGACAAUCAACCCAACACAGACCUCAAGGAGGUUAUCGGCAAUUUCCUAGAAUUCAUCCAAUUCUACAAAAUACCGGCUAACAUCCUCAUGAAAGAGAUCCACCCACUUGGCCUUGUCCCCUACCAUAUCAUCAUGAAUGCACUGGCAUAUCAGACUCGGCCAGCCACUCCGAGUCCUGUCUGAAGACAAGAGCCUUCUGACCCCUGUUGACGGCUCCUCCCGCAGGCAGACCCAAGCAGCGUGGACCCAGCAAAGCUCUCCCCCAACAGGAGACGCCCCCAGGACAACUCAAUGUCGGUGCAAAGUUCCCUCGACCCACUUGGCUCCAGUACCACGCUCUCAUCUUCUGCAUCCUCCGAGAUGGAAUCUGGGAGGCACUCAUCUGAAGGAGCUACAGGUGCAGGAUGCAUGUCUCAUGGUCAUGUCCGGGAGAUGUAAGAAACAUCCUGAGGAAUGUGAUCUAAAAAGCCUCUAAAGCACUUGGCCUUAACCCUAAGUGGCCCCUUAUAUUUCUCAACCAUGAGUCUGAAGAAAGAUAUUUUCAUGAAGUAGCAUUCAGAGUUAGUGAUGACUGUAAUAUUUUCUUUCAUACUUACAUAUAAAACACAUUGAUGUUUUAAGAAGUAAAUGAAACCAGAAAGAGAUAGACCUCAAACACAUUCUGUUCGAAACUAAAAUCUUAAAUCAGGUUUAAAUAGUUCCAACAACUUUGUUAUUAAUUACAAUUUGUGAGGAUUUAGUUAACAAAUGGUAGAAUAUUUUUAUACAUCAUCAUAACAAAGAGAAAUUAUCUUUACAACAAUAUAUGGAAAAUCUCUAGUUUUUUGUUAUCUACUUCUCACUCUUGAUACAGAUGAAAGAAGCCAUGCUCUAUUCACUUAUGAUUCCACAUAUAUCAUGAACAACUACCUAUAUAAUGUAAAGUCAUUGGUAAUGAUAAAUUAAUCUCCACUUCAUCGGAUGCUUUCUGCUGCAAAUUAGAUCACUAGCCAGAAUGGAUCUGAAAUUAUGAUUUUCUUCCUAUAUAAUAAAUAAGUAGCAGUAAUAAGAGAUUCAUCCCAAAAGAUAAUUCAAUGAGUGAUGACAAUGUAUUGAUUCUUGUAUUGAUGUAAUCAUAAAAACAUUUUCAAAUAAAUGAGCACCUACUAAAUGAAGGCAGUGUGAAUGGAUGUUCAAGGUGGUAUCACUUACUAACUUCUCCUAAUUGCAAGAAGAUUUAUGAUAAAUAUCUGUUAUAUUAUAUUCUAUCUUAUAUGAUGGCUUUAUCAAACUAGUCACAAUUUACAAAACUUUUAAAUCAAAGGGACUAACAGUGAAUGUCGGAGCUAAAAAAGACUACAGAAUGACUUGCAAAGGAAAUGUCACCAGGUAAGGAUAUGCUAUAAUGUCUCCCCACUAGGCACUCAAUAGAACCCCCAAGAAAUUUAUCUGAAGGCAGGAUAAAUUGUUACCCAUCGGAAAGUCUUUCAUGAGCUGGGGAUCAAACAGAACAUAAGGUCAGCGCCUUAGACAUCAGAACCAUAACAACUGUCAGGUCUCAAGGUCAUUUUUGGGUCCUUGUACUCCUGAUCACUACAUGGCUUCCUCCCUCCAUUUAUAUCAACUUCCAGUGUUCUAGUUUCCCUUAUAUCAUGACCAGAGUACAGUAGUUUUCUUUAAUGUCAAGCUUCUUUGGAUAAAAAGCAAGGGUAAUUCUCACACACAGACAUACAAACACAAACUGCAUAAGUAUAUUAUACCAUUUCACCAUACCAUACAUAUUACUUAAUGGGUAUCUUAACUACUUGUCACCAAUGCCAUGCUCCCCCUUGGCUAUCUAUUGAAAUUUGUCUGAAGGAAGAAUAAAUCUUGAGCCAUGAGAGACUUUUGCUAGGGGUUCAGGAUUGAAUCUCAGUCCAAGAGAUCAGAAAGGCAGCACUUUAAACAUAAUGAUCGUCAGGUCCCAUGGUUGUUUGAGUGCCUUUGUACUCAUGGUCACUGCAAUACAAGCUUAAAGUUCAGCUCAAAGUACAUCAGACUGAUUUCAUCCAUUAUAAAUAAUGUUAUGAAAUACAGGAAUGAUGCUAAAUAUGUAUGAUUUCUCCAGAAAGUUCUCAAACUAUUUCCCUUGAUGGAAGUGAAAAUUAUUACUUCAUGCUUUAUCAGCUUAAAAUGAUUGGAAUGUCUGGUCGUGAUGAUGGACUUUAAAGCCACAACACUUUAACAUAGUGUGCAUUCUUCACUUGUAGUUGAGCAAACUAUGUUGAAAUACAAUUCCAAAACCUCCACACAUGACGAAUUGUUUCAAAAUUCUUCAUUGAUAUAUCUAAGAAUGCAUGAUGCUUACAUGGUUUGAUGAAUUUCUGGUUAGUGUGUAAAGUAUACAACCAUGAAAAGUAGAAAACAGCAAGAGAUGCAAGGUUGUUAUGAUUAAAAUAAAAUUACUUAAAUCAA